AUGAGGUUACUGGCGGGCUUCAACGCUGAGUUUGCAGAUGACUACAAUGGCAUCAACUGGGAUAAGCUGCGCUCAUAUGUGAAGCCCCAGCGCACCUUGACGGGACAGGGAGAGCUGGGUUUUCAAGCACGGCUAGAUAAAGAAGCCUACAACAAUGACCCUAAGCAUGAGAAGGAUGAGGAGAAGUCCAUGGCUGAAUGGCGACAGCUGGGUCUUCUGGGCGUGUUUCUGGACGUUAUCAACUACAUCAGCACACCAAAACAGUAUAACAGCUUCUCUACUUUCCAGCAGCUCGCGCUGGCUGAAGACCCUACAAAUAUCAGCGUGCUGCUAUUGGCUGUAGUCAAGGCCUGCGUCACCCGCUGA